GUUCACAAAAUCAGUUUUGACUGAAUUUAUAUAUAAAGUGCACAAAUAGGUUGUGUCUUAUUAUUGUAAGAAGCGAUGGAUUCCUACCAAACAGUCGACGGUUACACAGAAGGAGAUUUGGCCCCAGUGUUUGUGCUCAAACCCGAGCCCCUGGAGGUGGCGGAGGGGGAAAAUGCAAAGUUUUCUUGUCGUUUGAUUGGUAAUCCAAAACCAUUGGUCAGAUGGUAUAUCAAUGAUAUUCAAGCGGUUAAUGGCAGCAAAUAUAAGAUCAAGAAUGACGGCAUCCAUCAGUUGGAAAUACCUAAGACUAGUGAGUCUGAGAGUGGAAUCGUUGAGGUCAGGGCUAUGAACUCAAUCGGAGAAGCAAAAUAUAAUACAACACUUGAGGUCAGACCGCGUAGUGAUGUCUACCGAGCAAUGCUUAAAAAUUCUCCAAAACCCAUUUAUGACGAUAAUGUGGCCAAAUAUCAACUUCAGAGACGACUAUCACAAGAGUCAGAAAAAUCAAAGGAAGUGAAUGAAAGUUGUAAACCCGGCGGUAGUUUCGGGGUUUGGUUUCAAUCAAAACCUCAACUCAACAAUCAAGAGAUAAGACGCCGCCCAUCAAGUGAAGGCCCAAUACAUCCUUUUCACGCAAAACAUAAUUUUAUAGUUACACGCCAGAAAAAGCUUAGACCAAUCACAGCGAAGUAUACGUAG